AUGUCGAGUCACAAACUUCCCGUCGACUUGAAGCAAUUCAAGCAGUUGAAACUCGACCCCAAGAACUCCAGUCUUACAUCUGAUCAAAAGCAAGACCUCCUCCACAACAUCAACAUCUUCAGAGAUGCAAUCAUCGCUUUUACUGCGACUGGUGCCGCCCGGGGUGUCUCAGGCCACACAGGAGGUCCCUUCGACACUGCCCCAGAAGUCUGCAUCAUCCUCGCCUUCAUGAAUGCAAAUCCCAAUGGCUUCGUCGAUGCCGUGUACGAUGAAGCCGGCCACCGAGUCGCCACACAAUAUCUGCUAGCAGCCCUGGAUGGAAAGAUUGAGCCUGACCACCUGCUCAACUACCGUGAUGCCAAUUCCAAGCUUCCUGGCCACCCCGAACUCGGCCUGACACCCGGCGUGAAGUUUAGCUCCGGCCGUCUCGGACACAUGUGGGGAAUGGUCAAUGGUAUCGCGAUGGCCAACAAGGAUAAGAAUGUGAUUAUGCUUGGCUCCGACGGAUCUCAGCAGGAAGGAAAUGAUGCCGAGGCAGCCCGUAUCGCUGUCGCCAGGAACUUGAAUGUCAAGAUCUUCGUUGAUAACAACGAUGUCACUAUUGCCGGUCAUCCGUCCCAGUACCUGAAGGGCUAUGAUGUCGGAAAUACCCUCGCGGGUCACGGUCUUCAUGUUGUGCGGGCCCAGGGUGAGAAUGUGGACUCGCUGUACGGGGCUAUGUGUGAGGUCAUCAACCACAAGGGUCCUGCAGCUGUUAUUGUGGAUCGGACUAUGGCUCCUGGAAUUGAGGGCAUUGAGGGCGAAACCCAUGCCCAUGAUGUCAUUACUGUCGAUAUCGCCCGCAAGUACCUGACCAAGCGUGGCUACAGCAAGGAGCAGCUUGCGUUCUACGAUGAGAUCAAGGGCCGAUCCAACCCACACGAGUACCAGGGUUCUACCAAGGAAAAGGGCGCCAACCGCUCUAUCUUCGGUGAAGCUGUGAACGGUAUCCUUGACGGUCUGAGCAAGGAGGAAGCUGCCCGUAGGGUCAUGGUAAUUGACUCCGAUCUCGCAGGCUCGACUGGAUUGAAGGCUAUCCAAUCCAAGCACCCGGAAGUUUUCAUUCCAUCGGGAGUGAUGGAGCGAGGCAAUUUCUCAGCUGCUGCUGGUUUCGGCUUUGGAAGCAACGGCGAGCGCCAGGGUGUCUUCUCAACCUUCUCUGCCUUCCUCGAGAUGUGUAUCUCGGAAAUCACCAUGGCCCGCCUGAACAACUGUACCGUCCUCUCCCACUUCUCACACAGUGGUGUCGACGAGAUGGCCGAUAACACCUGCCACUUCGGCCUGAACCAUUUCUUCGCUGAUAACGGCUUGAUGGACGCCGAGAACACCACGUUGUAUUUCCCUGCGGACGGCGACCAGAUGACCGCUGUGGUAAACAAGGUCUUCUGGGAACCAGGCAUGCGGUUCAUCUUCUCCACUCGCUCCAAGGUUCCCUACAUCUUGAAGGAGGGCACCAACGAGAAGCUCUACGGCGAGGGCUACAAGUUUGUGCCGGGUAAAGAGGAGAUUAUCCGCAAGGGAUCUGCGGGAUACAUCGUUACGUACGGUGACAUGCUCUACCGGUCCCUCGAUGCUGUUGAGCGUCUCCGCAAAUCUGGGCUGGACAUUGGUUUGAUCAACAAGCCUACCCUCAACGUGGUUGACGAGGAAGCAAUCAAGCUCUACGGAUCUUCGCCCUUCGUCCUGGUGGUUGAGUCCAUCGCUCAAAAGACCGGUCUUGGCUCGCGUCUUGGAACUCACCUUCUGGAACGCAACUUGACUCCCAAGUUCAAGUCCAUUGGUGCUGUUCGGGAGGGCAGCGGUGGUUUGUUCGAGCAAAUCUAUGCUCAGGGACUUGGCCCAGACGACAUCGCCGCAGCCGUGAAGAGCCUUACCGGAAAAUAG